AUGGAUCCCAACUGCUCCUGUGCUUCAGAUGGAUUCUACUCCUGUGCUGGCUCCUGUAAAUGCAAAGAAUGCAAAUGCACAUCUUGCAAGAAAAGCUGCUGCUCCUGCUGCCCCUUGGGCUGUGCAAAGGGUUCCCAAUGCUGCGUCUGCAAAGAAGCUUCCACCAAGUACAGCUGCUGCACCUGA